AUAAUAGGUAAGCAAAAUUUAAUAAAUAUUUAUUUUGUUGACUAAUAAAUCUGUUCACUGUUUCAGAUCCAACAGUAGUCUAGUACUCUAAUCCAGCCAUCAACUUGUCUUUCGAAUUUCGAACUUAAAAAACCCAUAAAAAUCUUUGCACUUAACACCUUAAACUUGGUCCAAUUAUGGGUUUAAAAAUUUAAUCUUAUCAUAUUAUCAAGUCUUAUUAAAACCCUAGUCUAAUCACUACCAAUCCCUCAUGCCUUUUCAUAAAACUACCCAUACCCCCUUUUAAUUCAUCCGUCUCUUCCUCUCUCCACAAUCAUCUUCCUCUCACACACUCUCCGCCAUAGCCACUAUUUUUCAAGCUUCCAAAAAUGGCAUCAAGCUCUUCCCCACCAACAAACUACAACCCAUUCCUCUUUUAUGUUACCGCUGUCAAGCGAACUAAGCUUUUCUGGCAAAUCCUCAAAGGGACAGCCCCUCUUAGGUAUGCGGAUGAAGAAUGGGUUUUAGCAACUCUUAAACAAAACUCUUAGUUAAUGGAUGAUUUUACAAGGAAAGAGUCUCGAUAUAUCCUAAUCAUGGCAAAACACGUUAUCGCUGAACCACUACCAGUGUUAGACGAGGAACUAGAGGAUGAGGCCCAAAUUAAUGUUGAAAUUGAAGCUGCAAAAAUCAAGCCUGGAGCAAUGGUUGUAGUUUCUAUUUCUGAAGACAAUCUUGUGGCUACCCUUCAUAAAAUUUCAAGGCUAGAAGAUCAUAUUGCCUCUAAAUUCGCAGCCAAUGAAGACCCUGCUCCAGCAGCCAGUUUGGGUACUCCGUCAGCCUCUAGCUCUGACCACUGGUGAUCACCUUUGGCAAUCCUUUGACAAAAAGUGGGAGUAAUAAGCUGAGGGGAAGCGUUCGGGACUGCGUUUGGAAAUGAUAUUUCUGAUUUCAUGAAUGUGUUUUUUAUGUUUAUUUUGGAUAAUGGUUAUAUGUUUGGCACUAAUGAACUAUUUAGUGAUGAUUUAUUAUCGAUGGUCGAUUUCUCUUAGGGUUAUUUGAUUUUUUAUUAGUUUA